AACACUUCCUCAGGGUUAUGAUACUCCUAUUGGUUUGAAAGGCACACAGUUAUCAGGUGGUGAAAAGCAACGAAUUGCCAUAGCGCGAGCACUGAUACAAAAUCCAAAAAUUCUUUUACUUGACGAACCAACGAGUGCACUAGAUCAUAGAAAUGAACAAAUUGUUCAACAAGCAAUCAAAAAUGCACAAAUAGGUCGUACAUUAAUAGUAAUUGCACAUCGUUUAUCAACAAUACAAAAUGCUGACUUAAUUUGUGUUAUGCUUGAUGGAAAAAUUGUGGAACGUGGAAAACACAAUGAACUAUUGAAACAACGAGGACUCUAUUAUAAAUUAUAUAUGUCUAACUUAUAA